GCAACAAAACAACUUUAACGAGUACCUACAUUCACAUGCACCAACUCGCAUCACCCUAAUAGUCAGCCGGAGGAACAACAUGGAUAGCAUGUCGUCGUCAAUAGAACCGGUGCCGAUGGUGCCGCGUACCGCCAAUUUGCUGGCCUGCAAACAAUGGUGGCGCGUCUGCUUCUUGUACGGGGACCAGCAGAAGUACUACCGACAAGUUUACAGCAAAGCGGCUGCCCAACGUCUGGCGCUUUCCACUGGCGGCGUCGGCGCGCUUGCCACUGGAUUUGCAGCGGACAACGGCAACGACGACAACGAAAACGAAAACGAGAACGAGACGAAUAGUGGCAAGGACAGUGGUUGUAGUGGCAGCAUGCAUAACGCUGACUACGAUACAGUGGCCGGCGAUUUUAUCGAAACGCAAUUAGACGAGGCAGAUGCUAACCCCACAACAGCUACAACAACUUCAACAAUAACAAUUGAUGCGAUCAGUGGCGCCGAUAUGGGUAAAACCCGUAAUCAGGAGGUGGACAAACUGUUGACGAAGAAGAAGAAAAAGCAAAAAGGCAAAGAAGGUGACGAACAAGCGCCGCCAGUGCCACUCUUUCCCUCCAAGUAUCAGGCGCACACCAAUGCCGCGACGGGGUCGUCAACCACUUCAUCACCGAUAUCUGCGACAAGUCGUGGCAAAAAGUUGCUACGCUCUUUGCGCGGUCACGUCAGUAAAGUUAGUGAGUCAACGGUGGGCGGCGGCAGGUCAGCAAAAGAGCGACAUAAAAACGCGACCGAUCUGCACGGCAGCGAGGCGACUAAAGGUAAUGCACGCGUCACAGUUUUGGAUGAUCCUUUCCUAUUCGGCAUAGACGGGGACCAUUUGGGCGAUUUGGUGCGCGGCAAGCAGUAUGCUGCCAACACCACGGAAGACAUUUCCAAGUAUUAUAGCUCUUAUCUGGUGCAGGAACAGGAGCUAAUGGUGGAUGCUCAUAACGCAACACAAGUUGAUUUCGGGCAACACUUAUCCACAGCACCCUCAACGCCGGAACAGUUUGGUUCACUGCAGUACGAGGGAGAGGAUCCAAAGCCCGCGCUACCGCCUAAGAAGAAAAAGCAAAGUAAUUAUGAAGCUUUGGAUAGCAUAUUAAAGGGGAGCACUGAGAGUGGCGGCACUUCUGAAUUGCAACUAAAUGAAAAUGAGUUGAAACUUCUGAAUCUGAGUAUGCGCAAUCGCAGUUUGCCACGGAGCAUGAAACCAUUUAAAGAUGUGCCAACCGAUAUCAGUUUUACAUUUACGGAAGCCGAUGGCGACGGGUCGUCACCGCCGCGUUCAACGCCAUUGCAGAAAAGUGCCACCUGUGAGCGAGAUAUUAAUUUGGGAGCGCAUCGAAGCCACAGAGACUGUAAUGAGCCAAUCAGCCGCACGCCGCUGACACAGGUUUCAUAUUUGCAGAAAAUACCAACACUGCCGCGCCACUUUUCGCCCAGUGCAGCAGCCGCAGCAGCAGCAUCGGCCGGAGGUAUUGGUGCGCCAGGUGUAACAUCAUCACUACUCGCAACCGGUGGCUUACCCAGUAGCUCAUCUGCCAGCGCUUUGUACAGCCCGAAUGCCACAGGCCUGCCAACAUCUCCACUGCCACUACAGCGGCAAUUUCAUCACCCGCCACCACCGCAACAGCACCAACCGCCAUUGCCGCCGUCAUCUCAUCUCCCUCAAUUGCAUCAACAAUAUUUGCCACCACAUCAUCAGCUGCCGCCACCAGCGCCGCCGCAUUGCUCGCCUUCAAUCGGCAUGUUGGCGCAUCACGCACCGCCACAGUAUUCACCGGCACAUUCCGCGCACUCCUCCUCGUCCAAGUAUUCAACCUCAUCGCUGAAACACCAGCAUCAACAGCAGCAUGGUAUGCAGCCGCACGCUCUGCAGCAACAACAACAACAACAGCAGCAGCACCAACAUGCGCCGCACCAGCUAUCGCCGGCGAUUUCAUCACCUUCACCACCUUCGCUGCUACACCAUCCGUCGUCGGCGCAUCCGCCCUUCCAGCUAGUCGGCCAUCAGCAGCUCGACAUGCAACGGCAUUCGCAUUCGGACGAUGACAGCGGCUGCGCACUGGAGGAGUACACAUGGGUGCCGCCCGGUCUGAGACCCGAUCAGGUACGCUUGUAUUUCUCACAAAUACCCGAUGACAAAGUGCCAUACGUGAAUAGUCCGGGAGAGCAGUAUCGAGUACGACAAUUACUACAUCAACUUCCACCACACGAUAAUGAGGUUCGUUACUGUCACUCAUUGACGGAUGAGGAACGCAAGGAGCUUCGCCUAUUCUCCACACAACGAAAACGUGACGCACUUGGACGUGGCAAUGUCAGACAGUUGAUGAGUGCGCGCCCGUGUGACGGUUGUGACGAAUUAAUUUCUACCGGUGACAUAGCUGUGUUUGCCACACGUCUAGGUCCGAAUGCCUCUUGGCAUCCGGGUUGCUUCAUUUGCUGCAUCUGCCAUGAGCUGCUAGUCGAUCUCAUUUACUUUCAUCGCGAUGGCCGACUGUACUGUGGACGUCACCAUGCUGAGACAUUGAAGCCGCGCUGCUCCGCCUGUGAUGAGAUAAUCCUAGCUGAUGAAUGCACCGAAGCGGAAGGACGCGCUUGGCAUAUGAACCACUUCGCGUGCCAGGAGUGCGAGAAGCAGCUUGGUGGUCAACGGUACAUAAUGCGCGAGGGCAAACCCUAUUGUCUGCUGUGCUUCGACGCCAUGUUCGCUGAAUACUGUGACUACUGCGGCGAGUCCAUCGGCGUGGAUCAGGGGCAAAUGAGUCACGAUGGCCAGCAUUGGCACGCGACGGACGAGUGUUUCUCCUGCAAUACUUGCCGCUGUUCGCUUUUGGGGCGCGCAUUUUUGCCACGUCGUGGUUCCAUCUACUGUUCGAUUGCAUGCAGCAAAGGUGAGCCGCCCACACCGUCGGACAGCUCAGGCACUGGCAUGUACACCACACCGACGCCACCAUCUCAGCGAGUGCGCCCACAUACGCGCAUUCCCAGCAGUCACGCAUCAAGUUCGCCGCCAAUGUCGCCGAUGCAGCAACAACAACACCAACAGAGUUUUAGUCAAGCAAUGUAUCAGUUGCAGAGUCAGCAAAUAGCGGCGGGGAUAGGUGGAAGUGGCGAUGCCGCUGGCGGCAGUGUUAGUGAUAGCAGUCCUGGGAGGGUUGGCGGAGAAAUAGGUGGGCUCGAGAGUAUGCCAGCAGGCAUGAGUGCGCCAGGAAUGAGCGCCGCAGCCGAUAUGACGCUUAUGGAGGCAACCAAACAGAGUUACCAAACUUCAGACUCGGAUGGCGGCGUAGUCAAGGAUAUGGAGCGCGCAGCCGGUAGUCGCGGCACUGGAGACUUUACCGACUUUUCGGGUGGUGCACCAUCUACUUCAUCGCAGAAUCUAUCGCCACUGCUAUCACCAGGCGAAUACACUCAUUUGAUGCCCAAACCAAUGGAACUUAAAUCGGAGGCGGCCUACAACUUCAAUGAGAUGGCGCUAAACUUGGAUGCCGCUUGGCCUGCCAAACCGUGUGACGAAUUGAUUUCUACCGGGGACAUAGCUGUGUUUGCCACACGUCUAGGUCCGAAUGCCUCUUGGCAUCCGGGUUGCUUCAUUUGCUGCAUCUGCCAUGAGCUGCUAGUCGAUCUCAUUUACUUUCAUCGCGAUGGCCGACUGUACUGUGGACGUCAUCAUGCGGAAACAUUGAAGCCGCGCUGCUCCGCCUGUGAUGAGAUAAUCCUAGCUGAUGAAUGCACCGAAGCGGAAGGACGUGCUUGGCAUAUGAACCACUUCGCGUGCCAGGAGUGCGAGAAGCAGCUUGGUGGUCAACGGUACAUAAUGCGCGAGGGCAAACCCUAUUGUCUGCUCUGCUUCGACGCCAUGUUCGCUGAAUACUGUGACUACUGCGGCGAGUCCAUCGGCGUGGAUCAGGGGCAAAUGAGUCACGAUGGCCAGCAUUGGCACGCGACGGACGAGUGUUUCUCCUGCAAUACUUGCCGCUGUUCGCUUUUGGGGCGCGCAUUUUUGCCACGUCGUGGUUCCAUCUACUGUUCGAUUGCAUGCAGCAAAGGUGAGCCGCCCACACCGUCGGACAGCUCAGGCACUGGCAUGUACACCACACCGACGCCACCAACUCAGCGAGUGCGCCCACAUACGCGCAUUCCCAGCAGUCACGCAUCAAGUUCGCCGCCAAUGUCGCCGAUGCAGCAACAACAACACCAGCAGAGCUUUAGUCAAGCAAUGUAUCAGUUGCAGAGUCAGCAAAUAGCGGCGGGAAUAGGUGGAAGUGGCGAUGCCGCUGGCGGCAGUGUUAGUGAUAGCAGUCCUGGGAGGGUUGGCGGAGAAAUAGGUGGGCUCGAGAGUAUGCCAGCAGGCAUGAGUGCGGCAGGAAUGAGCGCCGCAGCCGAUAUGACGCUUAUGGAGGCAACCAAACAGAGUUACCAAACUUCAGACUCGGAUGGCGGCGUAGUCAAGGAUAUGGAGCGCGCAGCCGGUAGUCGCGGCACUGGAGACUUUACCGACUUUUCGGGUGGCGCACCAUCUACUUCAUCGCAGAAUCUAUCGCCACUGCUAUCACCAGGCGAAUACACUCAUUUGAUGCCCAAACCAAUGGAACUUAAAUCGGAGGCGGCCUACAACUUUAAUGAGAUGGCGCUAAACUUGGAUGCCGCUUGGCCUGCCAAACCCUUUGAGAAUGGAAUCAAAUAUUUUCGAAAUAGUGCUUUGUUUAACUAUUGGACCAUAGUUUCGUACGUCAUUUCGGCUUCCUGA